GGCUUCAGGCAGUGACCGCUCGGUGGCAGCUGAAGAACCAGGCGCCCCCUAGUGUGGGAUAAGCGGGCAUCACGCUUUUCUUGAGCUGCGUCAGCCGAAGUGUGGCAUUUAGGGGGAUGGGACUCUCCGCCGCGGAGCCCCCUGGGAAAGAGAGCGUCUGAGGAGAAAGUACUUGGAAAAUUGUCCAUUUACUCUUUAAGCAUCACUGGUGGCAGAACACAGUAACACCAAGACACAUAAGCCAUACUGAAUUGCCAAAGGUCAAUGAAGGGAAGACCUCACAUUUAGACUCCUCAGGGAGCAGUCAUAUUGAAUAGGAAAUAGUCCAGGGUAAAAGGACCAUAAAGAAGGAAGCAGCAUGCCACAUAAGACCCUGCAGCUUUUAUCUUUGCUCCCCGACUCCAGCAAGAAUGAAGCAAAGUCUCUGUAUCUGAAUGCAAGAAGUCAGUCUGGGUAGACCUGCAGAUAAGUGGAAGGAAUAGAAGGGCCCUAAUGUCUGAUCUCACUAGGACUUUUCAGACACUUAACCCAACUUGACAAAAUUAAACCAACUGAAUACUGCUGAACAAAGCCACAUUCUUUCUUCCCAUUUUGACUGGAGCAUCCUUGACCUUCAAACAAUCCCUAGGAAAGUCUGAGUGGUCAGACAGCUCAGCUUCUCACCACCUGAGGUAAUGAAAGAAGCCACAGCAUGGAGCUCUGGAACUCCACCUUGGAAAAUGCCUUCAUCUUGGUGGGAAUUCUGAAUGGCAGUGGGUCUCCUGAAGUGGUCUGUGCUACAAUUACUGUCCUGUACAUGUUGGCCUUGACCAGCAAUGCCCUGCUGCUCCUGGUCAUCACAGUAGAAGUGCAGCUCCACGUGCCCAUGUACCUCCUGCUUGGGCAGCUCUCUCUCAUGGACCUCCUGUUCACAUCUGUUGUCACUCCCAAGGCCCUUGCAGACUUUCUGCGCAGAGAAAACACCAUCUCCUUUGGAGGCUGUGCCCUUCAGAUGUUCCUGGCACUGACAAUGGGUGGCGCUGAAGACCUCCUACUGGCCUUCAUGGCCUAUGACAGGUAUGUGGCCAUUUGUCAUCCACUGAAAUACAUGACCCUCAUGAGCCCAAGAGUCUGCUGGCUCAUGGUGGCUACAUCCUGGACCCUGGCAUCCCUAAGUGCCCUAGUAUAUACGGUGUAUACCAUGCACUAUCCCUUCUGCAGGGCCCAGAAGAUCAGGCAUCUGCUCUGUGAGAUCCUACCCUUGUUGAAGUUGGCCUGUGCUGAUACCUCCAGAUAUGAGCUCAUGGUAUAUGUAAUGGGUGUGACUUUCCUGAUUCCCUCUCUUGCUGCUGUACUGGCCUCCUACACGCUAAUCUUAUUCACUGUGCUCCAUAUGCCAUCAAAUGAGGGGAGGAAGAAAGCCCUUGUCACCUGCUCUUCCCACCUGACUGUAGUUGGGAUGUUCUAUGGAGCUGCCACAUUCAUGUAUGUCUUGCCCAGUUCCUUCCAUAGUCCCAAACAAGACAACAUCAUAUCUGUUUUCUACACAAUUGUCACUCCAGCCUUGAAUCCCCUCAUCUACAGCCUGAGAAAUAAGGAAGUCAUGGGGGCCUUGAGGAGGGUCCUGGGAAAAUAUAUGCUGCUGGCACACUCCACGCUCUAGGGAGAUCUCCUGGCUAUCUUCCAAAAGUCUUUCUCCUCAAAGUCAGAAAAUGGAUGUUAUGAAUCAAAUACUAAUGGUAAAAUUAAUACAGUGCAGACUAUAGCAUUCAAUAGAAAAGUGAAGGAAUGUAACUGGAUUUGUCAAAUGCUCUUUCAGUCUUCUCUCCAUGAAGUAUAGGGCAUGAUUUAUAUUAUCUAAAAUUACUCUUCACUCUAUUUAAAAUUUACUCUUUGUUUUUCCAGGAAGGUACUUAGUUAAAUGGGUCCCACCUUGGGACAUGACCUCUAUCUAACCUUGGAAGUUUGUAUUGGAUCAGAGAAAGGAAAGUUUCAAGUGGGCGGCCAAACAUCAAAGGGGAGAUGUCCGGAGAUCUGCACACAUUCAGACCAAGUGAUCUUAUUAAAAGAAUUAUACAGACUUCUUGUCAAAUGCCCCAACUGGUAGUAGAUUGCUUGUAUUUGCAUUGUACUCACUCUUUUUUUUCUCUUUCUAAACAUCGGCCACAUGAAAUAUGUCAACAAGUGUCUUUGCUUGUUUGUUUUUGUUUGUUGGUUUUUGACAUGGAGAUAUUUUAUAGUUCCUAAAAUUCAAUUAUUAAUGAAAUGAAGAAAACAAGGUGAAGGCAGUCUAUAAGCAAAGUUUAUGAUAAAUAACUCUGCUUAUUUCUUGCUAAUUAAAAACACAAGCAAAAUAGUGAUUUUUCCAUUAUCCAAGGCUAACUUGUAACAUUCCAACAAUUGCAGUGUUCACAUGUGUGGUGGGUGUGGGUAUAUGAGUGUCUGUGUGUUUGUGCUCAAGAAGGAGAGGACAACAUAAUGCAUUUUCUCACCAGCUUAAUUAUGCUGCACUACUAUGAGUUUGUAAGUCUAAGAAUACUGAAAACAAAAGGUGUCUACAAAAGCUGUGAGUUGCAUUUUGAAACUUAAAAACAAUUUAAAAUAAUAUGGCUAAUUAAAUGACACUGUUUUGGAGGAUAUGGCUGUCAGAAGAUUGCUAACACUUUUUAAGUCAAUUCUGUAGUAAUUUAAAACAGUGACUGAUACUAGGUUCAGAAAGUAUAGUGUAUAUCAUGUUUGGAAGGCAAGGCUGAGUAGAGAUAGUUCCUACACAUAUUUAUAUAAAUUUCCUUCCAUUUUAAUACAGGCAUGCAUUUUACUGAUUUGAUGUGUGUGUGUAAAACAGAUUUUUAAAACCUACUAGCAUAUGGUUAUUUUUCCCUAUGGUAUAUAACAGCAGUAUACAGCACUGCAAAGAGUCUAGGGUCUAUUAUCAGCGUCCAGAGUUAGAAUUCAAUACCCCCCACUUAGUUCUAUAACUUUGAGCAUAUUACUUGUUUGUGCCCAAGUCUGCGAGUUUGCAAGUCUUGUGCAAAGUGUAAAUUGACAUUAACAAUAAGACUUACUUUGUAGCGUUGUGAGAAUUAAACAAGUUAGUAAACAUAAAUAUAAGGCAUCUUUAUAUUUGUAAUCAGCAUGUGUCAUAUAGUAAGUAUUUAAUAAGUUUAACACCUACAGAAUAAAUGGCCCUGAAAAUACAGUUGAGUGAUAGUAAAACAUGGGUGUUUUGUAAUAUUAUUAGCUAUCAUGGUUUUACGUUUAACAUUGUUGUGUGUGUGUGUGUGUGUGUGUGUGUGUGUGUGAAAUCAGUAAUGUCCGUCUCUCGGAUGUAGGACUUUUUUUUUCUGUAGAAAAUUCCUAUGAGUGAAAUUACUGAAACAGAGGUUAAAAAUCUAUUUAGUACCCUUGAUAUGAAAAGACAAAUAAGUUUUUUAAAAAAUGUUAAAUAUUUUGCAUUCUUAACAGCAACAUAUAAGAGUUUAACCCACUACAUCUUUUUUCUUGUUAAAUUUUACAUAUAAAUAGUCUUCACUAAUUGAUAACGUAUAAUAUUUGUUUAGUUUGCUUAAGUAACUUGUUCACAUUUUUCUUAUCAGUUUGUUGAAGUUCUUUACAGGUUAGGAACACAGAGACUUUGUUAUAUUUGUGGUAAUAACUUUUUUUCAAUUUGUUAUUUGGCUUCUAAUAUCUUCACAGUAGAUAUUUUUUAGACAGAGAAAUAUUUAAAAUAUUUGCAUAGUGAAAGAUAUAUUUUAUGUUUUCCAGUGAUUUUUACUGUUAGGAUAUAAUUUUCUAUUCUCAUUGACAUCUUUUCUGUCUGUUACACAGUCCAAUUUAGGUAACAAUUUAUAUAUUUUACAUAUUUUGUCACCCUAUCAUUUGUUUAACUUUAAAAAUAAAUGUCUAAUUUUUCUUUUCA